AUGUUUAAAGCAAAUUUUAAUCCAGUAAUUAAAAUUGAAACAUAAGAAUAAAAAGUAGGAAACUAUACAAUUCCAAUAUAGAGUUACUUGGAUUGAUAAUUUAAUAGAAAAAUUAUAGUAACUAAGAGUAAAAUAGUUAGAGAAUUUUAAAAAAUGGUUUUUGGAGAAUUCUAUUAAACUUUUAAAAGAGCAGAAAUGAAAUUUUUUUCCUUUUAAAUGAUUUAAGUUUAUAUGAAUAGAUGAGUAUGAAAAUCCGAUGAAAGACCUUUCGCAUACUUUUAAAUUAAAUUUGCCUAGCAUUUGAUGAACAUUAAAAAUUACAUCAAUCAAAGACGAAAUCUUUGGUUUUGAAAAAAAAAUAAAUAAUGUUGUAUUCUUAAACGAUUUCAUCAUUUUGAAGCGAUCCUUUAUUUUGUAAAUCACUGAUAUCACCAAAAAGUGAAAAAGAAAAAAUAAAUCCACAAAAAAAACAAUAUUUAGAAUACAGAGAUUAUAAAUGAAAAAUUCGAUAGUUAAGAACUGAAAACUUUUCAAAAGAUGAAAGAAACAGAUUAAAAACCUAGGGGGUAUUUAUGUUGUUA